GCGCUGCAGAGCGCGCAAGAGAGUGUGGGGGUGUGUGCUCGACCAGACCGAUCACACAGCAACGUGAGUCUCCCUUUCACAGCGCGAGACUGGAGGGAUGGAGCCAACCGGCUCGUUUGGCGCCGGCAAGGCUGGUAGCACGAGCUUCGACCCCGUUACUUUCUUAAAACAGCCUCGGACCAUCCUCAGGCUAUUAUCUUGGGUAUUUUCCAUGGUGGUGUUCAGUUCUAUAAUAAAUGAAGGCUACAUCAACAUUGGAAGUGAACGGUUACUAUGCGUGUUCAACAAGAACUAUGAUGCUUGUAACUAUGGUGUGACGGUGGGUGUGGCCUGUUUCCUAGGCAGCCUCUGCUUCCUGGUUCUGGACGUGUUGUUCCCGUCAUUAAGCAGCGUGAGAGACAGACGGAGAGUAGUGCUGCUGGACCUGGCCUUCUCUGCCCUCUGCAGCUUCCUGUGGUUCGUGGGAUUCUGUUUCCUGGCCAAUCAGUGGCAACAGACGUCUGAGGAGGAGCUCCCAUUGGCUCAGGGUUCAGACGCUGCCAGGGCCGCCAUCGCCUUCUGCUUCUUCUCCAUCCUCAGCUGGGCAGGACUGACGGUCAGUGCUCUCCAGAGGCUGCUGUCUGGAACCAACAUGACCCUCUUCACCUGCCAGCACCUGGACGCCUCCGGCCAUGCCCAUGCCACGCCCUACCCCGUCGCCAACGGAGCCACCAUAGUAACCACCAACCCCUACCAAGCCCCACCCUUCACCGAGACCCUGGACCCACAAGCACUCAGCCCUCCAAGACCCGCCCCCACCUUCUAGACACACACACACACACAACAUAACCCCCACCUUCUAGACACACACACACACAACAUAACCCCCACCUUCUAGACACACACACACACAACAUAACCCCCGCCUUCUAGACACACACACACACACAACAUAACCCCCACCUUCUAGACACACACACACAACAUAACCCCCACCUUCUAGACACACACACAACAUAACCCCCACCUUCUAGACACACACAACAUAACCCCCACCUUCUAGACACACACACACAACAUAACCCCCACCUUCUAGACACACACACAACAUAACCCCCACCUUCUAGACACACACAACAUAACCCCCACCUUCUAGACACACAAACACACACAACAUAACCCCCACCUUCUAGACACACACACACACACAACAUAACCCCCACCUUCUAGACACACACACAACAUAACCCCCACCUUCUAGACAUACACAACAUAACCCCCACCUUCUAGACACACAAAACAUAACCCCCACCUUCUAGACACACACACACAACAUAACAGCCACCUUCUAGAAGUUGAGGGAGGGAGGUGAGAUGGAGGGAUGGGUGGAGAAAGAGGACAGUGCCAAUAAAAGAUGUCUAGAGAGACAGAGAGAAAAAGGGAAAAAGGGAUUAUUUUCUGGUUUCUUCCAUCCUCUGUGGCUGCUAUUGGUUGGUCCUCGGUCAGAUGACAUCUGUUCUAUUUUCACCAUGGCAACUGCUGGCUCAGCCAAAGACAUGGAACAUCAUUACCCACCCUGUCACACAAACACACAUUAACACAGACACAUAUCCACACACACAACCAACACACACGCAAAGAAGCUAUACAGACUUGACCAAUCACACAGUCUCUCUGAGUUCACUGUAGCCCAUUGGCUGAGACACAUGAUUGACAGUUGGGGGAGAGAGGAUGGAGGGAAGGGAGAAAGAGAUGGAAGGAGAGAGAAUGGAGAGUUUUCAGGAUGGGGUGUGUGUAAUAUUCCCACAACUGCAGUGUGAAUAUUUGAUGUAGUUUAAUAUUUCAUUAAUAUUAAUAUUUGAUUGUAAAAAGCUGAGACAGAAUAAUGAAAGAUGAAAUAAACAACUAGACUCGCAUCAUG